GGGCUGAGGCUCCCGCAGACGCUCCAGCCUCCGCGGUCCCCGCCGGCCGGGCAGUCGCAGCCGCGCUCGGGCCGGCGGGCGCUCGCCCCGGCUCACCAUGCAUUGCCACGCGGAACUGAGGCUGAGCUCGCCCGGCCAGCUCAAAGCAGCCAGGCGGCGCUACAAGACUUUCAUGAUCGACGAGAUCCUCUCCAAGGAGACCUGCGACUACUUUGAGAAACUUUCCCUCUACUCCGUUUGCCCGUCGCUGGUCGUGCGACCCAAGCCCCUGCAUUCUUGUACUGGCCCCGCUUCCCUUCGGGCCUAUCCUCUCCUCUCGGUCAUCACCCGACAGCCCACUGUCAUCUCUCAUCUGGUCCCUGCCACCCCUGGAAUCACCCAGGCAUUAUCACGCCACCCGGCCACUGAGGCUGCCGCUGCUGAGACUCCGGGCGGCGAGGCGCUGGGCAGCAGUGAGUCAGAGACAGAACAGCCCACCCCCCGGCAGAAGAAGCCUCGCCGGAGCCGCACCAUCUUCACCGAGCUGCAGCUCAUGGGCCUGGAGAAGAAAUUCCAGAAGCAGAAGUACUUGUCCACCCCAGACAGGUUGGACUUGGCCCAGUCUCUAGGACUCACUCAGCUUCAGGUGAAGACUUGGUAUCAGAACCGAAGGAUGAAAUGGAAGAAAAUGGUUCUCAAAGGUGGACAGGAAGCACCCACAAAACCCAAAGGUCGCCCCAAGAAGAAUUCCAUCCCCACAUCAGAAGAGAUUGAAGCUGAAGAGAAGAUGAACAGCCAGGCCCAGAGCCAGGAGCAGCAUGAAGAGCCUUGCCAGGGACAAGAGGAGCUCUGUGACACCCAGGAACCCCAAGCACCUGACAUCUCCUCAGAGGCAGCUGAGCCUGCAGGCCAUCCCCCAGAGCUGCCUGCGGCCCCUUCUUCAGAAUGCCCACCAUCAAGCUAAAAUAAAACUCUUUGUGGGGAAAAGGGAGGAAGGGAAGAAGGGGAAGAGAGAA